GGAUAUAAAUGCUGGCGCGCUACCACAUUGUUGAAUUAUCGUUUGUUUGAAAACUCGAAGCGUAAGUAGUGCCGGUUGGUCAGUGCCACCAUGCGGUCGUCAGGAAAGACGGCUUUGUGCGUUCUCUUAAUUACAGGUUUCACUUUCACCGCAAACGCAAGCGGGGCGAGGCAAGUAACCCUUAAUGCGGGUGAGAACCUCCAAACAUCGAUUUUGACCUUAAAUGACAUUGUAGUCGGAUGUUACCUGACCACUCCUAAUGGCAAUGAAAUCGAAUUCAAGCCUCUAAAUCAUUCCAACGACAAAUACCAACUGUUAGAUGACACCGACUUUGUUAAAUGUCAAGUUACAGUUAAAAACCUUGACAGUAAUGACAAUGGACUUUGGGUACUCCGAUCUGUGUCGGAUGCGGGCAGCUCUCGCACCGAAUCUUACCAAGUGACAGUCGUCUCUACAGAAGGUACAACUGAUACAGCUAACACAGAUAACAUAACGACUGAUGAAUCUUCAAAAGAAAUUCUAACAACACUUUCAACUGGGGAAUUAUAUGAAACAACAAUCGCACAAGUAACUGAAGCAGUCCAUGAUACAACAGCAAAGGAUGACGUCACCGCUGUAGAUAUAGAACAUGUAUAUAUUAGAACAAAACUUGGAGAAACACACACACUAAUGAUCCCGGAAGACGAUUUUUUGAACAAUGAGAAAUGUUAUUUAGUAAAACCAGAUGGAACACAAUACGAUUUUGAAGAUAUGCAUAUAUCUGAUGUGGAAAUUAUAAACUAUAUUACAGUAGCAUGUGGUAUUAAAAUAUAUGUAUCAACAGAAGAAAUGCUCGGACGAUGGACUUUAAUUUCACGAGGCACAAGAAGUGCUGAAGUUGUUGAAAGACGUUUACCGUUUACUAUCUUCUUAGAAGAACCUACAAGUGAAAUACCAAAUACAGACACAACAAAGUCAGUGGAAGAAACUUCGAAAGAUUCAACACAAAAAGAAAACUUUGAUACAACGAUUGCAGAAUUACCAAAAGAAACAACCGAAAAAGCAUACACGACUGAACGCAUUUUAGAUACUACGACAAAGAAAAUAGAAGAUAUCAUAAACAUUGAUCCUGGAUAUUUUGUAACUAAAAUCGGUGAAACGCAUAAAGUAAAAAUUCCUGAAUACGAUUUUUUGAAUAGCAACGAAUGUUACAUUAUAACACCGGGAGGAGAACGCCAUGAUAUAGAACAUCUCCAGUUAUAUGGAAUAGAAGCAAUUACUGAUUAUAAUGUAGCUUGUGGAGUAAAAGUCCAUAUAGUAUCUGAAGACAUGGUGGGAGAUUGGAUGCUAGUCUCACGAGCUACACGAUUCAGCACAGAGGUUGUAGAAAGAAGAUUGCCGUUUACAAUCGUCAUAGAAGAAAUAGUAAAUGCUUUACCAAGUGAGAUAACGAUUAUGGAAGGUAAAGAUAUUUAUAUACGUCUAGAAGAUGCUACUUCUUUCCAUGCUACGUGUAAGCUGGUAGAUGGUCGUGAUGAAGAACGUGUUGAUGUAGAAAGAGAUGCAAGAUAUGUUGACACUUGCGGUUUCAUUGUAAGAAAUGCCACAACUAAUGAUUCCGGCUUCUGGAAGAUAUCGUAUGGAGUAAAAACUAUUUAUAAGGCAUGGGCUCGCGUCACUGUUUACGGUCACAGCGAUCCAUCGUUGCAAACGCACUUCACAUGGACUCUGGAUAGGCCAGUGAGCCAGUUAAUGGGACCUGAAGGCACAGUCUACUGCAGACUCGUAGAUGCCAGCCACAACACAGUGUUCGAUGGCUUCGGCAGAUGUAAUGUAACAUUGUCAAGAGUGUCCAACGAACAUGCUGGUAACUGGAAGAUGCACAUUGGUCUGCAGGGACGAGUUCUAACUGACGAAUACGAUGUUCACGUGUCUAUUAGGAGAGCAGAUCCUAAGCCUGCGGUAUCAACAUCAGUGGCCACCAACAAGCCAACAGUAACACUCACGUGUUCUGUGGCGAGCGCAGAAACUCUACGAUCUUGCAAGUUCCGUGACCCCGCAGGUCGUAUCCUACUCGCCACUCCUGGAGUUGGUGAAGGGCGGUAUACCUUCCACGGUAACAGUGCUAGCUCUGUAUCUGGAGAUCGCCGCUUGGAGUGCGGUAUUCAGAUCACGGAUCCUUUGAUCAGCGAUUUGGGUCUGUGGCGCUGCGCCAUGGAGACCGACUCUGAUAAUUACUACGGCUUCCUUGCGGCGCUCUGCCCCUGGGCCAUGCGGGACCCUGAAGUCGCUGCCAGUGUACGAUCUGAACCAGUAUUGGAAGCUGAUAGUGAGACGGUGUCGGGACUUGAGGGUGAGAGUAUGACCAUGUCGUGCUCGGUGCAGUCACCCAUCAGGUACUGCUACUUCAGAGCGCGCAAUGGAACCACAUUCUCCAUUAGUCCCGGAGAAUCGUCAGGAGCUAUGGAGUACGCGGGAGCUGGCUUCGAUGCUGGCGAAUGUUCGAUUCGCUUCUCGAACCUUCUGGCGAGUGACAGCGGCCGCUGGAGCUGCCAUGUCGGCUUCCUUGACCACCAACAGCCGGAGCAGAGCGCGCAGUUCGCAUUGACUGUACAAGAUACGUUGGUCGCCGAGCAGAGAAUGGAUAAAGGCGCCCUGAUUGUGACUGGACGUGUGUACGACGACCGCGCAUUAGACUACUGCAGAUUCGUGCGCAUUGAUGGACUGGGUUUCACGACGGACAACCUGCCUUCGGGCUACAGAAGCGACAGUUUGCUGACUGUGGGUAGAUGUGAGAUCCGCAUCCCCAACCCGUCAGUGCUGGAGCGGCACCCGUGGACGGUGGCCGCGCGCGUGCAGGGCAUGACCUUCGAGUACUCGCGGCAGACCAACCACUCCCUACAAAUGCCUGAAGCCGGCGGUGAUGAAGAUAACACCAUUGUUAUUUACCGCUUCCCAUUCUCGUGGAUCUUCAUCAUCGUGAUAGGGUUGUCGCUUAUCAUCAUCGGUAUCCUGGUCGGUCCCAAGAGGAACAGAAAGUGGACUUACGCGAAGGCUUCCACCUUCAGGGAGAGUUUCCGACGCAGCUUCACAAGGAAGGCAGCCAGCGAACAAACAGUUCCAAAGAAGAACACGCCCAUGUCGGCUUAAAUUUAUUAUAUGUUAAUCACGUGUUAAAAUAUUUACGCACCCCUAUUGUGAUAUUAAUAGUUUGAAAUUUUUGUAACCACAUUGUUGAUUAAUUAAAGUUUUCACGUUUUCCA